GAAAUCGGAACAAAUAUAAAUUCCAUACGCAUACAACAAAUACAAAUUCAAAAGGAAAUUUCGAAAUGUUGAUUUUCAUAGGCAUUUUAGUGUUGUUGCCACUGGCUCGCGGCUUUCUCAUUACAGUGGAUGCCCAUGAGACGGCCUGUUUCUUUGAUCGCGCACAGGUGAAGGACAAGGUCGCGAUUAGCUUUGAGGUGAUGGAGGGCGGCUUCAAGGACAUUGCCGUGGAGAUUCUGGCGCCAGACAAUGAGAUGCUCUACCAUGCCGAGGCCGAGACGAGUGGCAAAUAUACGUUUGCGGCCAACAAGGAUGGCCAAUACACAUUGUGCUUCGACAACUCGAAGUCGACGCUGACUCCGAAGGUUCUGAUGUUUCACUACACCGUUGUCAAGGACAUUGGCCACUACAUCGAUCCGCACAAGCGCACCGACGACGUUGUCGAGCAGUCGGUGCUGCAGGACUACAUCAAUGAGCUGUCCAGCCAGAUAAUUGUCGUGCAGCACGAGCAGGAGUACAUGCAUGCACGCUACAAAGGACAUCUCGAGCUCAGCGCCAAUGUGCACUUUCGCCUGGUGGCCUGGUCGAUCUUUGGGCCCUCGCUACUGCUGGGCAUGACCGUCAUUGAGAUCUACUAUCUGAAGCGUUUCUUUGAGGUCAAGCGUGUGGUAUGAACAUGAGUUUCCUUUUCGCUAUAGAAUAU